ACGUAACUGCUACGUUUCAUCGUGCUAUUGGCUCAGGCACUUCCGGCUUCUUCUUCUUGGACGAGAUUAACGAAACAGACAAAAUACUACUCGAAUACAAUGAGUAAGAUACAAUAUUUGGACUGGAUAUAGAGUAAAUGUCACUCCAUACCCUCCGUAACAACAUCCCUUAAGGUUUCGUCGCUUGUUUAUCGUGUGGGAUUAAAAAGAGCUUGUCGGCUGACAACUACAGUAGAUUAGUUUAGCUCGAAGCGGAUUGCAGCCAUGAUGGCGUCAAGCUACAACGCUAAGGAAGAGGACGGACACCACUCGGGAGCUGCGAACCAUGGAGGUGCAGGGGCUGUGAAAAGUAAAAAGCCUGAUAACACAGCCUUCAAACAACAAAGACUACCGGCAUGGCAGCCUAUUCUGACAGCAGGCACUGUGCUGCCCGCUUUCUUCGUAAUCGGUCUCAUCUUCAUCCCCAUCGGCAUCGGCCUGUAUGUCUCAUCAAACAACAUCAAAGAGUUCGAGAUCGAUUACACUGGUGUUGACAUUUCCAGUCCAUGCCACACCUGUGCGAAGAACGUCAGCUGGAACAGCACAACACCGUGUCUGUGUUCUGUGCAUUUCACAUUGAAGCAGCCAUUUGAGAGCAACGUCUUCAUGUACUACGGCUUAUCCAACUUCUAUCAGAACCACAGGCGCUACGUGAAGUCCAGAGAUGACAGUCAGCUGAAUGGUGACCGCUCUGCUUUGAUGAGCCCCAGCAAGGAAUGUGAACCUUAUCGUACAAGUGAGGGACAACCAAUAGCUCCUUGUGGAGCCAUAGCAAACAGCCUUUUUAACGACACUCUGGAGCUGUAUCAUAUUGAUUCGAAUGGCACCAGAAAUACAAUUCCUCUAGUUAAGAAAGGCAUUGCAUGGUGGACAGACAAACACGUAAAGUUCAGAAAUCCCGGUGGAAACAACAACAAUCUCACUUUAGCGUUCCAAGGGACAUCUAAGCCAGUGAAUUGGAGGAAGCCAGUGUACGAGCUAGACCCAUUAGAUGAUGAGAACAACGGCUUUACCAAUGAGGACUUCAUCGUGUGGAUGCGUACGGCUGCUUUGCCCACCUUUCGCAAGCUCUAUCGCAUCAUCCAGAAGAAAUCCAGCUCAACUCCCACUCUACCCAGCGGUCAAUACGUCUUGGACAUCAAUUACAAUUACCCCGUGCUCAGUUUUGAUGGCCGUAAGAGGAUGAUCCUGAGCACAAUCUCCUGGAUGGGAGGGAAGAACCCCUUCCUUGGCAUUGCCUACAUCACUGUUGGCUCCAUCUGCUUCUUCCUGGGUGUGGUGCUGCUCAUCAUCCACCACAAAUAUGACACCCGCAACAACAGUGCCGAUAUUCCAAACUAAACUGUUCCUGUGUUGCAUUUUCCUGCCUCUGCAUGCAUGGGUGACCCGAAGAGGUCCGUUGUGGACUGCUUGUUGAUUUCAGCGUGAAUACACUGGUCUCUGUCAUUGUUUGUGGUGUGUUACUGUAAGGAUGGCAGUUUCUCAUCAAAAGCUGAGUUUAUGUGUAGGACAACAAAAGAAGGUUGUUUUAAGUGUCUGUGUGCAUACAGCUUCAAGUCAGCUGCUAAGAAUGUCAUUUCCUGACUUCAGAUGAACGUUUUUAUUUUCUAUUUAUCUAUACAUCACAGAAGUAUCUCUUUUAUUUUAGCAGUGCUUUGCAAAUGCUUGAUUAUUGAAGGAUGUACGUAUUUUUAACGCAAGUUUUUGUCCCAGUUGUGUACUGUAAUAUAUCCUGCUGAAGAAUGUACCAUCAUACUCCAUUGACAUACCUCUCUGGUCUUUGAGAUUAUCCUGAAAGUAGUAUGGGAUAAUCAUUGCACGUGUGCUGUUUAUUAUGGUAAGCAUUGGUGUUUAAAAUGAAGCAUUUUAUCCUUGGAGAGUAAUAGAAUACUCAUGACAAGUAGUACUAAAAGUAAGGUUACCUACCCUCUGAUAUGACUGGUUGUAUAAAUUGAUUGUGCCAGUCACAAGGCAUCUUUAGAUAAUGAUAGUGUAAGACUUAUUAAUCAUAAAAUCAUGUACCAUUAUAUCCAAUACUCUUGAUUCUUAGACUCUGGGCAACAUCUCAGGCAGAUCUGAGCACAAAUAUUUAUUUUGUUAUAACAGUUUGACCUGUAUGUGAUUAAGUUAAAUACAUUCUUCAAUGUUGACCAAAUAAUAUGCACUUUAAAAGUGUCACAUUUGUUAGUUUUUCCCCUUUGUUUCACUUCAUCCUCUGUUAUAAUGACUUCUUAAUUAAUUUAAAAUAAGUUAAUUGUUGAGAUUGGAGAUUUCUGGGUUUUUUAAAGUUUGUAGGGUCCAAUAAACAACUUGUUGAAUGUA